GUGUGAGGGGGUUGUCACAUGGUGUGUGUGAGGGUGAGGAGGUUGCCCCAUGGUGUCUAUGAAGAGGCUGGGGUGGCUUCCUAUCUGCAGGGGGCGCCCACAUCUCCCCGUGUUCUGUGAGCGCAGCAGCGUUGUGCGUUGCGCGCGGUUUUGUGGCUGCUGCUGCUGGUUGUGGUGUCGUUGUGUUGUGGGUGGUGGUGGUGGUGGGGUCGUUGUGUCUCUGCGUGCGUCUGUGAAUCUCUGCGUGCGCGUCUCGCACGCGGGAGGAAGAGAAGGAAAAGAAACGCGGGGACCACGACCCGGAGCCACUCCCCAUCUCCUCCCUCGCCGGGCCGAGCUGACUGAACCGAUGGCCUCCGCGCUGGCCGUGGACUCGAGCGUGGACUUCUCGGCGUGGCUGAAGGCGCAGGGCGUGAACGCCGAGGUGGCCCGGGCCAUGGACUCUGAGCUCGGCAUCCGCGACUACGGAGUCCUGCGCGCCUGCGUGGGCGACGGCCACGUUCGCGCCGAGCUCCUGGCCGCGGCACGCGACCGCCUGCCCUUCGGCUUUUACGCCGUGCUGCGCCAGGUCGUGCGCUCGCUGCACCUGGCGGAGGCCGAGAGGCCACGAUCGGACACGGCCGCCCUGCGGGACGCGGCGCUGGGCGGCCUCCUGGACGUACUGGUGGUGCUGUUCAGCGGCCUCAGCCGUGAGCUGUUGCUUUCUGUGCAGAAGCUGGGGGAGAUGGACGUCGAGGGAUUUGCCGACACGGUGCCCAGCACGGCCAGGACCGUCAGCCUGGAGGACAAGACUACGGAGUACGACCGCCUCUCCACAAAUAUGAACGAAUAUUCAAGCCAUGUAGAAGACUCGGGUUCAGCAAACGAAGGCACAGGGAGCGACCGGCCGGGCUGGGAAGAGAUGGGCGCUCCAGCGUUCUGCGCCGAGGAACAAGCACGCGAAGACACCUUCGUCAAGCAGGAGGGCAACGAGGCCGCGAGGGACAUGUGGCAAGACGUCGGAGAGAAUCACGGCAAGGAUUGCGCAGCGGAGGCCUCGGAGAGGCCGCACACGUGCGAAGUGUGCGGCAAGGGGUUUGUGUGCAUCUCCUACCUGAAGCGGCAUCAGAUGACGCACACGGGCGAGAGGCCGCACGUGUGUGACGACUGCGGCAAGGGUUUCUCACAGAUCUCGCAUCUCAAGAGGCACCAGAGGACUCACACGGGGGAAAAGCCCUACCUCUGCAAGGAGUGCGGCAAGGGUUUCUCACGGAGGCACAAUCUGAACAAGCAUCAGCAGGCGCACGUCGGCCACUGCCCGUACGUGUGCUAGGAGGGGGGGGGCGGGGGCGGGGGGGCGCAAGGCGGCAGAGUUCAUCGGCGCGGAGAGAGAGAGAUGAAUUCCGCAUCGCGCGAUCCAAGCGUCCGGUACGGAUCGUUGCGCGAGCGUGGAAAAAACACGUUCUCUGAUGGCUUUUACUCAACGGAAGGGCUGCGAAAGAAAACACAAUGGAACUGGCAAACUCACAAAGUGCUGUUAAUGUACACGCCACGGGGAAGCCCGGGGGAGAGACGUGAUGGGCCAUGGCACCUCCGGAACCCGUGACCUCACAGAUGGCUUCAUUUCUCACUUGUACAUCGCGGUUUAAUAUUAAAUACUUUUAACAUUUUUUUUUUCUAAUGCAAUUUUUCAUUACAUUGUCGCCAUCCACCGGUCUUAUUAUAUUUUGUCAAA